UCAAAUAACAACCUACAAUGACCACGUAUGAAGUUAGAGUGAAGACUGGGGAUAAACUGGGCGCGGGGACAGACGCUAACACAGAAAUCGUCCUACUUGGUAGCUCAGGAAAGCAGACAGAACCUGCUAUUCUUGAUAAUUGGUUUAAAAAUGAUUUUGAACGUGGCAAUACAGAUGUUUUCACCAUUCAAGACAAAACAGAUAUUCCUGAAGUAACUGAAAUCAAGUUGCGAAGAAACAAAGCGGGUUUGUUCAGCGAUUGGUUUGUCGAAAAGGUUGAAGUAACCAACCAGAAGAGCGGAAAGAAUAGUGUUUUUCCAAUACUUCGGUGGAUUCGCCCUGAUGUUGAUCUCUAUUUUGGACGACAUGAUGUCUCUCUGCCACAGUUUGAUCAUCGACCACAACAACGCAGUGCUGAGCUGGAGGAGAAAAGGAAGCUCUAUGAGUAUGAGGAGAAAGCCCCAGGAUUACCCGUACAGGUUAAAAAUAUCCCUGAGGAUGAAGUGUUCUCUUCUUCUUACAAGUUUGACCUGCUUAAAAGGAAAUACACUCUAAAGGCGGGUAAAACGUUUGAGAUGAUUUUUGGUGAUGGAUCAUGGAAAACUUUAGAUGACUUGACAGGUGUCUACUCAGAAACAUUUGGAGAACCUAAGGGGAUGCAGGAUUGGAAGAGUGACGUAAGUUUUGGAUGGCAACGAAUAAACAGUGUCAACCCUAAUCUGAUUCGGCUCUGUACACAUAUACCAGACAAAUUUGGGGUGACAGAGGAAAUGAUCAAACCUUUCCUAGAGGGCCUGACUUUAUCCCAAGCUAUCAACGACAAGCGUUUGUUCAUCAUUGAUCUGGAAAUAUUGGAUGGAAUUUCUCUAGUCGAGGGCUAUGUUUGUCCAAUUCCCAUCGCCCUCUUCUUUGUUAACAGUAAAGAUCAGUUAAUGCCAAUAGCGAUACAACUUUUUCAACAGAAGGGACCAGACAAUCCUGUGUUUCUACCCACUGAUCCACCUUAUACAUGGUUGAUGGCCAAAAUGUGGUACAACAUUGGUGACUCAAAUUAUCACCAAGCGAUAACCCAUCUAGGCUAUACACAUCUAGUUGUGGAAAGCGUGUGCGUAGCAGCCAACAGAUGUCUGUCGCCUUCACAUCCAAUGUUUAAACUGUUGGCUCCACAUCUUCUCUACAUUAUUGCGAUCAAUGACCGUGCUCUUGGCUACCUUGUAUCUCCUGGAGCAUGGAUUGAUAAAACAAUGGUGGUUGGAAGCAAGGGUGUUUUGGAGCUCAGUGCAAAAGGGACAAGCACUUGGAGAAUGGAUGUAGAAGGAACGUAUCCAGAAUUUUUAAAACAAAGAGGGUUAUAUUGCAAGGAUGGAAAAGUUCUGCCUAGAUUUUACCAGCGUGACGAUAGUCUUGAAUUGUUUGAAGCAAUUCGCAGUUACGUCACCAAAUACGUCCAUCUCUAUUACGACACGAGUGAUAAAAUAAAGGACGAUGCUGAAAUUCAAAACUUUGGACGUGAAUUAUCAAUGCCGAAGUGCAAAGGAGGUUGCGGAAUUUUGGGUGUUCCCUUUAAAGACGGGAAGUUCAAUUCAGCAGAGCAGUUGAUACUUGUCUUCACUUCCGUUAUUUACACCAGUAGUGUAGCACAUGCUGCUGUCAAUUUUCCUCAGUACGAUACAUAUGGAUUUCCCCCCAACUAUCCUACCAAAAUCAAAGGAACACCCCCUAAGGAUAAGAAGCCAUUGCAGGAAGAGGAAGUUGUGAAGGCCCUGAUUGACAGGUCCACUACUUUGGACACCAUGAUUAUUACGAAAAUUCUGAGUGCAAGGAGUACCAACGCUUUCGGUGACUUUGAAGUGGACUAUAUAUAUGACCCAGCCGCCGUAACGAUUGUAGAGGAAUUCAGAAAAGAUUUGAAAAAUAUUAGUUCAAAGAUCCAUGAAAGAAAUAAGAAGUUGGUGAGAGUGUAUGAAUAUCUUCUGCCAGAGGAAAUCCCAAAUUCCAUCAGCGUGUGAUUCCGUAUGACAUAUGAAAAAGUGUCCUAUAUGAACACUCAUCUGUAUUUUUUUUUAAAAUUCUUUUUACAAACCAUUCUUCUAGCAUCAAUUGUGUAUUCAUAUUUCAAUAUUGCUUUGGUAAUGCAAAUUUCUUGUAUAUUUCUCUUAGAGACAUAUAGUAUGGUGAAUUGUAUUAACUAAACAAUACUUGUUUUGAUAAAGUAAAUAAAAGUUUUUUGAAAUUCUUAAAUUUAAUUUAAAGUAUAAAUUUAAUCAAGUACAUGGCGGUUUCAGACCACAAGAAGGUUUUAUAUAUUAUGUAAUCACUGUUUACAUAUCAAUCAUAUUCAUAAUUCGACUUCAUUCUGUUGUGAAUUUUUGAUACAGAUAAUAAGAAGUUGAUUAAUAAUUUUAUGGAUUUCUUGACCAAUUAUUACAUAAUUAAUUACAAGUAAUUUCUAUAAUUAAAGUCACAUUAGUGGCAAAGUGCAACAUA